CUAACGAUAAUAAGCCCGACGAGAGAAAACGCCGAAGAAGAAGAGAACUUACGGAUCACCUGAAUAACAACUUCGGAACAGUUCGGCGUUUAGAGACCGAAACGUAGACUACCGACUAGAACGGGCGCUAGUUGGUCUAGGGCGUGCUAUGGAUAGAUCGAUAACCAGUCUAGGUGGUACAAUCGGGUGCAAAAAUAAGCCGAGGUGUACGGAGGAGGAGAUGUUAUAUCCGAAUGGUAAAUGAAUUGCCGUACAUUGGAUAAAUUCAUCGGAUAGAAUGUACUUUAUUGCGCGCGCAGCGGUUCGGAGAAAGAAAAAGUCGCUUUGUAUUUCAGUGGUACAGAGACGACGUACUCGUUCUACGGUCCAUUCAAUGGACCGAAUUUUUUCUACGAUUUUUGGCAGCCCCGCACCGAUGGCGUACAUCAGUCACCGAGCUGAAGCGUGUCGCUGCACCGCGCUGAAUUUCGUCGAUUCCGAGUGCCGUAACUUUCCACAUUCCAACCAGAUUCGAUAAUAAGUCGACGACGGAUGGUGGAAAAUGUUUCGAUGCUGUGCGACUCCGAUUUCGCUCUUAAAACGCACUACGAUAAAUCAUUCAACGUAUGAGUUUUCGUCUGGUGUGAUUCACGAUCGGUGAAAAAAAGGCACAGCGCGUGGGCGAAGGAUACGGAAAAAUACGUUCAGGACAACGAAGUAGAAGUGAAAAUGAAAAAAAUCGUCAUCGUACUUUCAUGAUGUCUUUUUCACUAGGUGAUCAGAAAAACUGAAAAAUUCAUUCUCUUCCAUUCGAAGAACAAAUGCAGCCAGCGUAUUCCGUCGAUUGCACAUUUUAUUCGGUAUGUCUUAGAAUGGAGAAUCCAUUUAUUUUAUUUAUUCAGCCAGUAUGCACAAAAUAUUGAGAUAGAGAUGAACAAUAUUAUUGAAGCGACGCCGUCGCGCGAGAUCUGAUACGAUGCGAGUUACCGGAUGCCGCCGAUGCACUUUUAUGAGAGCAGCGUGACCUGGCGCGGUGUGGCGGGCAACGUGCACCAUUGAAAAAUACUCGCUCGACCGAAAGAUAUGAAUAAAGCGCGCUUUGCGAUGUCUUCGCACAGAUAUUGGCUAGAAUCUAGGAGACACUCUAGGCCAGAUCUUUUCGACAUUCCGUCUGUAGAAAUACAACGUAAUUAUUUUCCAGUGCGACGUCGAUUUCGUAUACUAUCACUCCUUCAAAAUGUUACGUCAGAUUACGGACAUGUGUCAACUAGCCCCCGCGUGUAUACGGAUACACAAACAACAGCGGGCACACGCGUAUGCAUAUCCGAACACGCUUGGAUGUGUGCGAUGGUCGAAGAAGUAUGGAUAAGCCACCAUAUAAAAACGAGGGCUUCGUAUAAACGAAGUUAGAAACUCCUACGGUCAGUGUCGCGGGUAGAUGUGUCCGUUGUAAGUUGUCAGUAUUAUACGAAUCUACUUGCACGAGGUCACCGCAUAGAAAAUUUUGCUGGAUAGACGAAUUUUUCUUCAAAGCGAUAAGCCUGUAAAAUAACGGAUUUCACUCUUUGGAAGCCAAGGUUGCAAGCUAGCUCCGUUAUACACCACGUGAAAUAAAAAUUAUAAAUAAAGAUGUGUGGUAUUUGGGCACUCUUUGGUUUCGAGGAGAAUACCACCUCUCAGCUUCUAUGUAACUUCCAAAACAUUUCUCAUCGAGGGCCGGAUGCCACGAGAUUGGAAACCGUCCAGAACAUCAAGAAUUGCCGACUAGGAUUCCAUCGUCUCGCUAUUGUGGGUGGUGUAAAUGGUAUGCAGCCCUUGCAAAUAAAAAAGUACCCUAACAUACGCCUGCUAUGUAACGGUGAAAUUUACAACUGCAACAGGUUGGCUGCACAGUACGGAGAUGAGUACGAAACCACAGGUGAUGUGGAAUCAAUCGUACAUAUGUACGGACGUCACGGAGCCGAUGCGAUUCGAUCUCUGGAUGGGGUUUUCGCAAUUUGCUUGCUGGAUGUACAAGAGCGAAAAUUGUUGGUAGCGAGAGAUCCGUACGGUGUCAGACCACUGUUCAGAAUACGCAGCGACAGCGGAAUACUAGCCUUGUGUUCCGAGAGCAAGGGUCUCAUGGGUUUGACGAAAGCGAUGGACGGGGCUAAGUGGAAAAUGGAACCAUUCCCUCCCGGUCAUUACGAGAUGUACGAUAUUCAGCAGAACGGAACUGUUCAAUUGGUAAAGACGGUUCAGUACCACAAGCCCGGAGAUAAGCCAGGUUUUCAACCGUGUUUACCCUGGAGAGAACUGAGUCCUACCGACAUUCGAAAGAACAUCAGGCGGUUAAUGACCGCUGCCGUUAAGAAGCGUCUCAUGUCUGACCGGCAAAUCGGUUGUUUGUUGUCCGGUGGUCUCGACUCGAGUUUGGUGGCUGCACUUUUGGUGAAGUUGGCGAAGGAGAAUAACUUCCCUUACACCGUUCAGACGUUCGCCAUUGGUAUGGGGGAGAGUCCGGACAUCGUUGCGGCACGACAGAUGGCGAAAUACAUAGGCAGCGAACACCAUGAAAUAUUAUUCACCGCCGAUGACGUCGCGGAGGUCCUUGAUAAAGUCAUUUACGAGCUGGAGACCUUUGACAUCACCACCAUACGAGCCUCCAUAGGGAUGCAUCUGAUAUCGAGAUAUAUAAAGAAAAACACGGACACGACCGUAAUAUUCAGCGGCGAAGGAUCUGACGAACUCGCGCAGGGCUACAUAUACUUCAGAGAAUCACCGAGUCCGAAAGCCGGCCACGAGGAAUCGUUGAGACUCCUGAAGGACAUUUAUCUGUUCGACGGGCUGAGAGCAGAUCGGACGACGAGUGCCCACGGCCUAGAACUUAGGGUGCCAUUUUUGGAUCAGCAGUUCACGCACUACUAUCUCUCUCUGGAUCCAUCUUUGAGGCAACCGCAAGACGGUGUCGAAAAAUAUUUACUGCGGUCGGCGUUCGACGAAGUCAACUUAUUGCCGCACAACAUUUUAUGGCGUCACAAGGAAGCCUUCAGCGACGGCGUAGCUUCGAGAAGGAAAUCAUUAUUCGAAAUCGUUCAGGACAUCGUCGAAGAUCGCGUAGAUGACAAAGAACUAGACGAGGCUGCUGUUGCCUACCCCCACUGCACCCCAAAAACCAAAGAGGCUCUUUACUACAGGAAAGUAUUCGAAGCCCACUACAAAGGACAAGCAAAGGAUUUAAUCCCAUACUUUUGGAUGCCACGGUGGGUUCAAGGAGUGACGGAUCCGUCCGCCAGAUUCAUUGCUCAUUACGCUGCAGAUAUUGAACAGUAAUCACGAUUAAAAAAUUAAAAAAAAAAAAAAAA